AUGAAGCUCGUCGCCGGACUAGUCGUGGCUGCUCUCGCUGUGACUGCCGCUCGCGCUGACCAAAUGCAGAACCUUCGUUCAACGGAGGAGGAAGAAGCUACGAGCACGAGCAAGGGCAAGUUGACGAGCCCUGUGGGCGCCAAGGCAAAUGAAGAACUCAAAGAUGAUGAAGAUGAUCUGACGGCGGAUGUCAGUGACCUCGUGGAUGGCAAGGGCUCUGCUGGCGACGAUAUGAAGAUUAACAUCUUGGACCUCAUUGGCACUGGAAGCAACCAAGUGGACCUGAAGGACAUCAUUGAUGCUAUCAAAGACUCGUCGGCGUCAGGCCUUGGUGACCUCUCGUGGCUCUACGAGGAAGAUGAUCCUGAUGGCAAGGAUGGUGCUAAGAGCAGUUCUAUCUUUGGAAAGGGUGCGGGAGACGGCAAGGAUGACCUGUCGUUGUUCUUCCCUGAUACGUCCGGAAGCGGGGACCACGUCGAUGGUGCCCCGCCUAACCUCGAGGAUUUAUUCGAUGGAAUCAAGAAAGGUGCAGGUAGCAGUGGUGAUCUGUCGUGGCUCUUUGCCGAUGCUUCAAAAAGCGAGGACCCUCAUGGUGCGAAGGAUGUUGCCACCAAGGGAGAUCCACUUGAGGAGAGCGAGGAACCUACCGAUGUGAUGGCGACGAAGGCGUCUAAGGCAACCAAGUCAGGCGGUAAAGAAGCCCCACUUGUCGAUCUCUUCGACGAUGGAUCGAACGGCCUACUAGGCGGCGCGAAGGAUGUUGCCACCAAGGGAGAUCCAAUUGAGGAGGACGAGGAUGAUGAAGUGGACCCUUACGGUGCGAAGGGUGUUGCCACCAAGGGAGAUCCACUUGAGGAGAGCGAGGAACCUACCGAUGUGAUGGCGACGAAGGCGUCUAAGGCAACCAAGUCGGGUGGUAAAGAAGCCCCACUUGUCGAUCUCUUCGACGAUGGAUCGAACGGCCUACUGGGCGGUGCGAAGGAGGUUGCCACCAAGGGAAAUCCAAUUGAGGAGGAUGAGGAGGAUGAGGAUGAAGACGAGGACGAGAAUGUGGACCUAGUCGCAACAAAGGGUGGGGACAAAGCAACGAAGGCGUCUAAGGCAACCAAGUCGGGUGGCGAAGAAACCCCACUUGUCGAUCUUUUCGACGAUGGAUCGAACGGCCUACUAGGCGGCGCGAAGGAUGUUGCCACCAAGGGAGAUCCAAUCGAGGAGGACGAGGAUGAUGAAGUGGACCCUUAUGGUGCGAAGGGUGUUGCCACCAAGGGAGAUCCAAUUGAGGAGGACGAGGAUGAUGAAGUGGACCCUUAUGGUGCGAAGGGUGUUGCCACCAAGGGAGAUCCAAUUGAGGAGGACGAGGAUGAUGAAGUGGACCCUUACGGUGCGAAGGGUGUUGCCACCAAGGGAGAUCCACUUGAGGAGAGCGAGGAACCUACCGAUGUGAUGGCGACGAAGGCGUCUAAGGCAACCAAGUCAGGCGGUAAAGAGGCCCCACUUGUCGAUCUCUUCGACGAUGGAUCGAACGGCCUACUGGGCGGUGCGAAGGAGGUUGCCACCAAGGGAAAUCCAAUUGAGGAGGAUGAGGAGGAUGAGGAUGAAGACGAGGACGAGAAUGUGGACCUAGUCGCAACAAAGGGUGGGGACAAAGCAACGAAGGCGUCUAAGGCAACCAAGUCGGGUGGCGAAGAAACCCUACUUGUCAACCUUUUCGACGAUGGCUCGAAUGGCUUACUCGGCGGGGCUAAUGAUGUCGAAACGACGGACCCUGACAAAAAUUCGGAAUUGGCGGUGUUGGACGACACCCUUCCCAUCGGUAAGGACGCCGACAGCCCCACGCAGGGACCAUUGUAG